GUGGGUGGUGGAAAAAGAGGCUGCCGCGCACGCGUACUCGGCGAGGCUCGCAGCCAGCCAGCCUUUUUCCCGUCGUCCUUGGCGUGAGGAGAGGCACGAAGCGCGUGCUUUGCGUCUUGCUGCUGCUCGUAGUUCUCUCUCUACUCUUCUUCGAAGAUGAGGAGGCCGGCCAUCGUUUCUUCCUGAUUGUGGCGCGUUGGGCAGUCAGUUGGGACCCGCCAGUACUUUAGGUUUUCUCUGCAGUACAGUGGAUACAAUUUGUUAUGGCUACUCUGAGUGUUAUAGGUUCAAGUUCACUUAUUGCCUAUGCUGUAUUCCAGAAUAUACAGAAAUCUCCUGAGAUAAGGCCACUCUUUUAUAUGAGCUUUUCUGACCUCCUCCUGGGGAUAUGCCGGCUCAUUGAGGCACUUCUCUAUGGAACUUCAGCAGCCAAUAAGGACAUUGUUUGCUAUAACCUGCAAGCAGUUGGACAGAUAUUCUACAUUUCCUCAUCUCUUUACACCGUCAAUUACAUCUGGUAUCUGUCCAAAGAGCUGAGGAUGAGACACAACCAGAGUGGACAGAACACAUUUGAACUGGUUGUAGAUUAUACUUGUCAUGUUGGUCAAAUAGCCAUCAUUUUGUCAAGCCUGAUACCUCUGCUGUUGAUGAUACCUGUAUUCUGUCUGGGCAAUGUCAGUGAAUGUUUCCGCAACUUCAGUCAGAGCCACAGGUGUAUUCUGAUGUAUUCACCACCGUCAGCCAUGGCUGAACUGCCUUCUGUCAACACAUCAGUCUGUACCACACUUUAUUUUUAUGGGAUCACCAUUUUCCUGACCAGCUUUCUCCUCAGCCUCCUUGCUAUUGUGGUCUUACUCAUCCAAACCCAGACCCUAUAUAAGAAGGUUGUGAAAUCGACUGGCUUUCUGGGGACCGAACAGUGGGCAGUGAUUCACAUCGUGGAACAGCGAGUGCGCUUCUAUCCAGUGGCCUUCUUUUGCUGCUGGGGCCCAGCCGUCAUUCUGAUAAUCAUGAAGUUGACUAAGCCACAGAACACGAAGCUUCACAUGGCCCUCUGUGUUCUCCAGGCUCUAACAGCAUCAUCCCAGGGUCUGCUCAACUGUGGAGUAUAUGGCUGGACACAGUACAAGUUCUACCAACUAAAGCAAGAGGCUCGGCGUGAUGCAGACACCCAAACACCAUUAUUAUGCUCACAGAAGAGAUUCUAUAGCAGGGGCCUAGAUACAGUGGAGUCUACCCUUGCUUUUGCUACCAGCCCUCCACCAUUCUUUGAAACUGUAAUACUGGAACAUCCAGGAACCGAAGUUAUUCCACACUAAUGGACUGGGAAGAGUGUUGGGGAACAUCUCCAGUCUUUUCCAACCAUGCCUUGAACUAUGGAAGGGAAAGAGGAUGUAGUGCGUGGUUAGUGGCUUUUCUCAUUGAAUUGGGCAGGAUCUCUCCAGUAUUCUCAGAUUCACUUGUGAUUCUUAAAGUCUUAUUCAGAGAGGUGAAGCCACUGUCCUAUGAAAUAGACUCCUAUUACCUCAGUGAAUAUUAGAUUUGUUUAAAUCUCUUGUAGAUAAAUUCUAGGUUAUUAUUUAUAUGUGCCCUUUCCAGGCUCUCUACUCUGUGAUUGUGGGGGAAGUAGGGUGACAUACAACAACUUGCUCAGAUUUUGCUAGUAUUGUUACUCUAAGACCAGACAAAGAAAAUCCUGGGUUUCUGUUCUUUGAAGGUUUCUGAGACUCAGAAGAAACAAAGACAAUAACUACCAAAAAAGUGACCGUGGGAUCCUCAGGCACAUCCUACUCUGUUAUUUGCUCAGUGCUGUUUCAAGUCUCAACAGUAGGGACCAUCUGCUCUAGAAAAUUAAGGCCAAUCUUACGAAGUUACAGAGGAUAAUAAGAUUUAAGAGAAAUCAGGAUUAAAAGAAACUUUAGAUAUCAAAAACUCUCAACUCCAUUUACAAGCAGAAGUCCAAAGAUAGGUUUCAUAGUGCCUGAACAUAGAAUUAGGUUGAACCAUGUGAACUUGCCAUUUUUAUAGGUGAAGAAGGCCUAAUAUCAAUUUUACAUGGUUUGACCUACUGCUAAGUGCUAAAUGUAUGUUCAUAGAAAAAAAAUGAACGAACAAGUGAAUGAAUGGCUAGUAAGGAAAAUUUGAACCUUUUGGGAAAGAAAAGAUUUCCAGCCUGCAGAGUCACAUUCAUAGUAGGAAUGUCUAAUCCGUUUCUUUAACUAUACAAGUGAUGUUUGGUCUCUCCAGUUAAGUCAUGAACAAGUCUGAGGCCAGGGCAUCAUAUACUAUGAUGCCCAAAGAAAGAGGAAAGCCAAGUGGACAAAGUGGCUGGAAUGAGAAUCAACUACAACACCUAGAGUUAAUAAUCAGAUGCUUCUCACCUGAUAUACUCCUUUGGUUUGUCCAAGGAAAAAUCCUUAAGAUUAGAGAAAAUUUACAGGGUAGAUUACAGUGGGGGAUUAGACAGGAUGCUCUGAAAUGUAAGUUCCAGAGAUCGUUCCAAAGGAACUCUCUACAGAAAUGUUAGGGAGCUCACAGUAACAGCUUAAACAUUAAAAAAAAAAAAAAAAUCACAUCUUGAGGCCUCUCAUUGCCCCAGAGCUCUGGAGACCUGAUUUCUGGAUAGCACAGAACAGGAAAGAUUGCUUCACCAAGGGAGCUGCUUUAACCUCUUUUAAUUUAAAAAUGAAUAAGUAUUUGACAUUUGAAGAGACAGAUGGAAAAAAGAAAGAAUUCCUAUUUCCAUAGACCUUGAGGGACACCAGAACUACAGAGUCCAAUUGUUAAAAAGUCCUUUUAGUGUCACUUCAUAUUUGGCUUUAUUACCAGAAAGAGGGUAAUUAUCAAAUGUUUGUCAAGUUCAUCUUGCUUCUCUGAUGAAUUUUUAAAUUGACACUGGUCUUACAUCUUCUAUAGAUGUAAGCAAAUAAAUAGAUAGUAGGAAUGAGGAAUUGUAAAAGGCUAGGCAAGAUCCACAUUAGUAUUAUCAGCUUUUUAUCAUACUGAGAAUCAGAGGGGACACGUGGAACUGGGCCACUAUUCAAACUGUCCCCAUAACCUUCAGAUUCACAUGUAGGAAGGGUAUAGACAGAUGUAGUGGCAGUUCUUAAAAUUGUUGCAAAUACCCCUCCAUGACACUUGUCCAGGCUGUAGUCAUAAUGGAGUAUAGUGGUUUUAUCUAAGCAGGUUUGAUUAAUAUAGAUUUUCUGUGGACCACUUUGGGUACCAUC